CCCGGCUUUAGAUGCAACUCCAAAUACAUAACAAAAAAAAAAGAAAAGAAAAAGAAGCCUCCAUGUUGCACGGGGAAUGUAGUGCUAGCACGGACUGCUCCAACUCGCUAAUUUUACAGCGUCUUGCUUUCUUUUUGGGACAAAAAUAACUCCUCAACAGCCUGUUUUCGACGCCGCAGCAGCCACGGACGCUUGCACAUCAUUAUUUUUUUUGGGGGGGGGGGGGCGGGGGCGAUGAUCGGAGCUUCACGGCUAACCCGCUAACCACAAGGCUAGUUGUUAACUUCUGCUCGGGGUAUCCAACGUCGUUUUGUUUGACUUUUAAGCGGCUCGCUGUCGAGGUUAUCCGCGAAAAGAAUGUUAUUUUGCACAGAGUUAUAGAUGACAGUCCUUAAGCGGCUUUUAUUGACUACCGAGCUAGCUGGCUGGCUACCCCCGCUGCCACAACGCUUCGCCCGGGACGCUUGUGUGUCUUUUGUGGGCUACCUGAUCUCCCUCGGCUUAAACAGCUAGCUAACGUUAGCUAGCUCCCCCGAGCAAGCGGGCUAAUAUUGCGGGAGUCUCGAAGCGGAAUAACAAUGGACCACAUGUCCAUAAUAACCCAAGUUGCCAACCCCAAGGAGGAGGAAAUAAUAUCUUUCAACCAGGAAAAAGCUUCCCAGGCCAACAGUGGUCUCAAGAAGCAGAGGAGCCGUAGCAUCUUCAGCACAUUCUUCUGCUGCUUCCGCAAUUACAAUGUGGAGCCGCCCGCCACCAAUAGCAGCACAGCUACCCUGCCUCCACCUCCACCUGAGGAGAACGGAUCACCACCGAAGUGUGACCAGAUCGAGGUCCUCCCUGUCCCUUGUCCACCAGCCAAAUACCUCCUACCAGAGAUGAAAAUAUCGGACUACGGUAAAAAGUGCAUUGUGAUCGACUUGGAUGAAACGCUUGUCCACAGCUCAUUUAAGCCAAUCAGCAAUGCAGAUUUUAUUGUUCCAGUGGAGAUCGAUGGCACUGUUCAUCAGGUGUAUGUGCUGAAACGACCCCAUGUGGACGAGUUUCUUCAAAAGAUGGGAGAGCUGUUCGAAUGUGUGCUCUUCACAGCCAGUCUUGCCAAGUAUACACUUCUUCUGCUUUUCUGUCUGUUUGCCAGUUGUAAGUGGUACGCGGACCCUGUGGCAGACCUGCUGGACCAGUGGGGCGUGUUCAGAGCGCGACUCUUCAGAGAGUCCUGCGUGUUCCACAGAGGGAACUAUGUAAAGGACCUCAGCCGGCUGGGUCGCGAGCUCAGCAACGUCAUCAUUGUUGACAACUCACCCGCAUCGUACAUUUUUCACCCAGAAAAUGCUGUCCCAGUCCAGUCGUGGUUUGAUGACAUGAAUGACACAGAAUUGCUGGACUUGUUGCCUUUCUUUGAGGGGCUCAGCAAAGAAGAUGAGGUUUACGGGGUCCUCCAGAAUCUGAGAGGCAGGUAGCAGGACCCAGAGAAACUGUGCUGUCCAGCCUCCUCCUUCGACCUGUGCCCGCAUUCAACUUUCUCUCUCCAGCACGUCUCAUGACUGAGGUGCCGUGGAGUCCCAGGAUUCUGUUCCCCCAACACUGCUCUCAUCUCCUGGUGACUGGAUGCCUUCAGAGUGCCAUCCUAAAUGAUAAGAAAUAUACUUAACCCAGGAGCACUGUGUUUAAAAACAAACAAAAAAACAACAAAACAAGAAGCUACGAGGUUGACACUAUUGGGGACAAAAUGCUAAGAGGAAUGAACUCUGGUCUUUAUUUUCAAACCAACAAAGUUUUACUAUUUGGUUAAGUGCUUCAAACCAAAAAAAAAAAAAAACCUCUUUUGUCUGAAACGUCUAAUGUGGUGCCACACAAAGGUCAGAAAAGAUUUUUUUUUGACCUUGUGUUGUUGCUAUGCAGGCAGUUUGUGGUCAUGGAAAGGACUAGACUUUUCUUACUGAAUGAAGUGCCUUGUGUGAGUGUUGUUUCUAUGGGGAACUACAAUAUUUUCUACAUGGCAUAGUCCCUGAGUACUCCAGUCGUCACACAUAUGCUUACAAGUGGACACAGAAGUAUCUUUAUAUCAUAUUUUUCCUGUUUUUUUAAUCAUCAAACAUUUUCUUGGUGUUCUUUGUUUGUUUCUGAAUGCCCGUGCCAUUACAUAGAUGUGACUUUGUUUCUGCUCUCACUGUACUACAUAGUUGAUUUGUUUUAGGCAAAGUUUGCAACUGUAAACCUUAUUACCCCAGCUUCAAGUUAUCCUUCUUUUUUUGUGGUUUUAAUCUUGAAACUCCGAUAAAAUGUGCCAUUUAUUCUUUUGGGUUGCUCCCCUUUUAUUAGUUGCCAAACUAUGAACUACUUUUUAAUGGGCUUAUGUUAAACAGGUGUUCAUCUAAUACUUAGUAUUGCAUUAUAGGUUUUAUUCAUUUUAAUAGCUGUCAAAUGAAUACUUAUGUGUUUAAUAUUCUAUGGUUUGUGAUAGUUUUGUGCUUGUCAAUGUCAGCAUUUAGCCCACAUUUGAAUACUUAUUUUGCACAUCGGUGCAGCUUCAUCCACAGGGUGUAUUUUUUUUCUCCCACUCUCCUCUUCCUUCUCUCCAGAAUUGUACAGUUGGGUCAAGUGCCAUACACACCCCCCCCCCACACACACAAUUCCCUCUAGUAUAGUGUAUAGCCCUGGACUGAUCUGGACAAGUUAGUGAAAUUGGGGCCUAGCGCAUCACUCGUCGAGGUGUGUGUGUUUUUCUGCGCGUGUGGCGUUUACCUUCAGAGACUCUUUUGAACUGCUCUUCACCUCAGUGCCUGUUUGAGAGGAGCCACGCAAACUGAAUGCCGCAACAUUUGCUACCAUGGCAAUAACUUUUUUUUUUUUUGGGAGGGAGCAUAUUUGGCGUGUAUAUAUCUGGUCAUCCCAAAUUGCCUUCAUAACACCCUGUACAAGUUUGGUUGGGCUGACCCAUGCAAUUCUCACAGUGCUGUUCAGGUAUCAUGAACAAGUUUUCAUAUAACUGUGAGGUUAUACCUUUUAUUAGAAAGGGGGAGGGGGGGGAGAAAGUUCCCACAUUAUGACAAAGGAUUUGUGCUGUUGUUGCAACAGCAGCCAAGCAAAAAUUGUCUUUAAUUGCUACAGUAUUCGGCCUUCCACACCUUAAGAUGGCUGACUGUGUCAGGACAUCAAAACGUCCCACAUAAAUUUUUAAGGUAACAGGCUACUGCUGUUCCUCCAUUCAUUUUCUCUUUCGCAACAGCAUUUGACUUGUUUGUGACGGCAGUGAGUGUUUGGUUCAGGAUGGUUUCAGUGCAAUGUCCUUUUUAUAAGACUAUUCUCAACCUGCGGACGAUUUUCUUGCUCUGAAAAAUGUUUGUAUAAUUGUGAUAUUUUUCUACCUUUUAUUGCCAGUAUUCGGUUGAACAAGUUGCAUCGUAUUCGUAAUCCCCUCAACCGCCCCCAACUCUGCCUCAACCUUAUUUGAUCUUUCUUGCCUGUGGUGAGACUUCUCAGUCAGGUCUUUUCUUUCCUAUUCAGGGGACGUGUGUUGUGUGUGCUUACUAGUUUUCUUUUGGGCAUCAACCUCACUUAAAAAAAUAUUCAUCAGCAAUUGGUUUGAGUUUAACACCAAAGUUCUGAAAACACUUGAUUUCACUGUGCUUACGUUCUUUGGUCGGUGUAGUUUUACAGGGAUGGUUGAAUUCGCACUUUGUUUAAACACUUCAGUUCUUGUUGGGUAAGAGUGUGUAUUGUCAGUCAACCUGAGCAUUUUGUUUUCUUUCCAUAAUAAAAUGCUUCAUUGAAACAUG